AUGAGUAGGUCAAAAACGCUAGUUGCUAUUUUCGGAUUAGCUCUUUUAUUGGUGACUGGCAAUGAGGCGGCCAAGUUUUUGGAUCAGGUCUCCAAACAAGCCAUAUCAGUACUCCACGGUUCGCAAAGAACUGGGGAGGUGCGACAGUGUACGUGUGAUGAGAUGAAGGAUUGCUAUCACUCUUCGAAACUUCAAGCUUUAGAUUGUUUUGAGACUUGUUGGAAGUCUGAAAUUAAGAGAUUCAAACUAACCGAUAAUCCAGAUGACUUGAAAGCAUGUUUCGAUGCCAAAAAGCCAUUUGUCGAUCAAGUUAUCAACUGUUUCCAGACUAAAGUUAAAGCAUGCACGGAGAAUGGUGAACCAGGAGUGCGUGUCAAGGAGUAUGACUACAAAGAUAUGAUUAAGAGGGUUGAGGAUGCAGUUAACUCACAAAUUAAUGCAUUUUUGAGAUCCAUUGGGAAUGAUAAUGUGAAGGCAGUUGUAACAGCUGGAACUGCAAUUGCACAAUGUGUGAAGACAUGUUUCCUCGAGAAGAACAAAGAUGGGUUCUGCUUUAAUCAAAUCGGAUGUGAACCCCUGAUUGAAGACAAGAAUGCACGGAUAGCAAUCCGCCAGUGCUCUCGAUCAGUCGCCUGGAAGAAGGAGAUGGAAACAUUCUGUCGCUGUUCGAGUAAUGCUGGAAUUAACGGCCUCUCCAGCUACUGUGGAAUGCUCAAUAUUAUUGGAAAGUGA